CUACACCCACCACUAAGUUACACUGGCAAUUGAUUACUGCGCACACUUGCACUGAGGCGACCGAGCACGGGGCAGGUGGAUUUACAGGACUCAGCGAUACCAAAGCAGCCCACAGGCCGAACAAUAUGGGAAACACGGACUCCAAGUUGAACUUUCGCAAGGCGAUUGUGCAGCUGACGCAGAAGAACCAGAAAAUCGACCCCAGCGACGAGCAGUUCUGGGAGCAGUUCUGGCAGGGUCACCAGACGACGCUGGAGGAUGUGUUCGCGCUGGUCACCUCGAGCGAGAUUCGCCAGAUACGGAACGAGAAUCCAGCCAACCUGGCCACCUUAUGCUACAAGGCGGUAGAGAAGCUUGCCCAGGCGGUGGACAGCAGUUGUCGCACGCAGGCGGAGCAGCAGUGCGUUCUGAACUGCGUGCGGCUGCUGGUCCGGUGUCUGCCCUACAUUUUCGAGGAUGAAAAGUGGCGCGAUUUCUUCUGGAGCAGCCUGCCGUCGCAGGACAAGACCAUGCCGUUGGCUCAGUCACUGCUCAAUGCCACCUGCGACCUGCUCUUCUGUCCCGACUUCACGGUUACGGCCACGCGGCGUACGGGCCCCGAGAAGGCCGAGGAGCUGGCGAACAUCGAUAGCUGCGAGUAUAUUUGGGAGGCGGGCGUGGGUUUCGCCCAGUCACCGCCCCACAACGCCCACAUGGAGCGCAGGCGCACGGAGUUGCUGAAGCUAUUACUCACCUGCUUCUCGGAGCCCAUGUACCGAUCGCCGCAGCAGUCCGAGGAGCCCAACAAGUGGAUAGCAUACUUCACCUCCGCCGACAAUCGACAUGCCCUGCCCUUGUUCACCUCGUUUCUGAACACCGUGUGCUCCUACGAUCCGGUCGGCUUCGGUGUGCCCUACAAUCACCUGCUGUUUGCAGACACUACGGAGCCCCUGGUGGAAGCGUGCCUUCAACUGCUCAUUGUCACCUUGGAUCACGAUAUGGUGGUGCAGCAGCAACUCACACAACCCGGACAGGCGUCCUACGACGAGGGCAAUUGCGGCGACAACUUGUUCAUCAACUAUCUGUCGAGGGUUCACCGCGAUGAGGACUUUCACUUUGUGCUCAAGGGCAUAACCAGGCUGCUGAACAACCCACUGGUACAGAACUAUUUGCCCAAUUCCACAAAGCGACUACAUUGCCACCAGGAGCUGCUUAUUUUGUUUUGGAAAAUAUGCGACUACAACAAAAAGUUUCUGUAUUUUGUGCUAAAGAGCUCCGAUGUUCUGGACAUCCUGAUUCCCAUUCUGUAUCACCUAAACUACUCCCGAGCGGAUCAAUCUCGAGUGGGGUUGAUGCAUAUUGGAGUAUUCAUACUGUUGCUCCUAUCGGGUGAGAGAAACUUUGGGGUUCGCCUUAACAAAGCAUACUCCGCCACGGUGCCCAUGGAUAUACCUGUGUUUACUGGAACCCAUGCGGACUUACUCAUCACUGUGUUCCACAAAAUAAUAGCCACUGGCCAUCAGAGGCUGCAGCCGCUUUUCGAUUGUCUGCUGACCAUUCUGGUCAAUGUCUCACCAUAUCUGAAAACCCUCUCAAUGGUGGCUAGUGUGAAGAUGUUGCAUCUCUUGGAGGCCUUCAGCACACCCUGGUUUCUGCUAUCGGCACCCAGCAAUCAUCAUUUGGUGUUUUUCCUGCUGGAGAUCUUCAAUAACAUUAUACAGUAUCAGUUCGAUGGCAACUCGAAUCUAGUCUACACCAUUAUUCGAAAGCGUCAUGUGUUCCAUGCCAUGGCAAAUCUCCCGACCGAUAUGGCUGGCAUAGCAAAGUGCCUGAGUGGCCGUAAAACAGGUGGAAAGUUCAACCUGCCGCGGGUACCGCAGCGGAGAACGCCAGCUGUGUCCCAGGAACUGCCCUCGGCCCAUGUGCCAGAAGAGUACAACGAAGAAGACGAGGAUGAGGACGAGGAGGAGACAAUUAAUGAAGAGCCCAAAGCGGAGGAGGAUCUCGAAUCGGAGACAGAGUCUCAUGAGCGAUCUCAGGCGGGGGAAUUGCAGACGGACAUUCUCACGGCGCAGCCAGCAGAGCCAGGAACACUGAAAACCUCCUUGUUGGACACCCCAGGCAUUACUCAGAUGACGGAGCGGGAGCAGGCGCAUCCAAAUGACAAGCCACAGGUGGAGGAUUCUACGGACAUUGUGUCCUACGACAGAUCAGCCACUUCGACGCCAACUGACGAACGCAAGUCCACCUCACCUACGGAAUUGUCCCGCUUGUCGGUGGCCCAUAGGGCCAGCAUUCGCAUGGUGCCAGGCGAGAGCGAUCGUUGGACGCCCACUCCCGAGUGGAUCGUCUCCUGGCGCUCCAAGCUGCCGCUUCAGACCAUUAUGCGACUACUUCAGGUCCUAGUGCCCCAGGUGGAGAAGAUCUGCAUUGACAAAGGACUGACCGACGAGUCGGAGAUCCUAAAGUUUCUGCAGCACGGAACGUUAGUGGGACUGCUCCCAGUCCCGCAUCCCAUUCUCAUCCGAAAGUACCAGGCCAAUGCGGGCACAACGGCCUGGUUCCGCACCUACAUCUGGGGUGUCAUCUAUCUGCGCAACGUGGAGCCCGCCAUCUGGUACGAUACGGAGGUCAAGCUCUUCGAGAUUCAGCGCGUCUAGGUCUGUAAGUGGACACCCAGCUACACCAGCAGCGCAAUCGUAGCUUACACGCUUUGGCAUUUACUGUAGUUAAUUUAUUUAGUACAUAUUUCAUUCCAAAUGUCUUUGUGAAGAAUCAGUGUGUAAUGAACUACCUUUCCCACAAUUUUGCUUAUCGGCAACAGAAAAAUGAGGCUUAUCAGUUACGAUGUGGCAAUGAGUUCCAUUCAACAGAUUUGUUAUCGGCUUUUAGCAUUGAUAUUUAGUUAUUUUUUCUAUUUUAGUUAAUGACUAAAUUAUUAAAUAACUCAUGUUUUUGUAAUCUGUGGCAGAAAAUGUUCCUUGUGCCGUAUAUUUUAUUGCUUGGCUUUAUUUAUUUUAUAUUUUAAUAAUUUAACAUUUUCCUGUGCCUACCAAUAAUAAAUUACUUUCACUCAGCCACUCUACAAACGAUUCGCUUUAUCCAAACAAUUUUGUAGCUGCUCUCCUAUUGACACCAUAAAAAGCUUUACGUUCUCUUUUAAUAAUUAGGAAACUUUAGUUGAGUCCAAUGAACUGCUUCUUAAACUUAAUUAAAUAUAGACAUUAAUGAUAGAGUUGAGAAAGUGUAUUAAUUUACUGUCUACGUGUGUUUAUAAACUAUAUACACAAACUAAACAUAUGACACCUAUACAAGUCAGUUUAUAUAAAUCAUAUAUGAAAUAUAGAGCAGAACCCAAGAUAAGUAAUAAAUAAUAAAUUAAUUUCAUAAAUCGAA